UGCAGAAAAGUAAGACUACCCAGAGCCUUUGGUGUACUCUGGAUGGUGAAAGUCUAGCUUUCUACAGAAAUAAGCGUUCCUCAUGUAUGUUCACAAUAGAGAUCAAAAGGAUUAAGUCUGUUACACCAUAUCUUGAUAAAAAACAAUUUGAGGUCUUCACAGAAAAGAGCUUCCUGUUUUCUGCUGAGACAUUGGAACUUUGCCAGGAUUGGAUCAACCACAUAGAGGAGGCCAGACAACAGGAUGGUGAGCUCCUCAUUACUAGUCAGAAACCAGAAAAGCAGCCAAUGUCACCAAGACGAGGCUCUCUUCCCCAACAAAAUGCUGUCAGUAAUGCUAUGAAUCAACUGUCUAGUAAAUCGGUCAAUGAAUCCAGCUCAACAAAACCAACAGACAGAAAGAUAGACAGAACAUCAAGCACAAAAGAUAUGAUCAAUAGAUUUUCAGGUGAAAUCACCCCAAAAGAAAACGUAAGUUCCCCUUCCCGUCCAUUACGACUUAACUCUGGAGGAAAAGUCAACAGUCUCCUGACACGAUUUUCUGGAGGUGGAAAUUCAUCGCCAACAUCUCCAGUAUCUCCACCUCUGCAGUCACAUUUACCACCACUGAAGACUUCAGACAGACCAGCGUCAUUCAGCCUAACUCAUCACUCAUCAUCUAAUUCAUCUGUGCAACCGUUGUCAGUGGGUAACAAGCCUACAGAUCAGAAGAUGCCAGGAAUUACCACCACAAGUACUGGUACUAAGAUUGAUCUGUCGCAAGUAUCAAGUGUAGCAAGUGAAGGGGUGCAGGGUCAGACCAGUAACUCAGCUGCAGAGUGGCACACUGACUCUGGGUAUACCUCAGGUGUAUGUAGCAGCCCACCUAAGGACAUCAUCCAGGCAGAAAGAAGUGAAGAUGUGUGUCAGACUGGUGGCAAUAGUCCUGAUGACAACACAGAUGAACCUGUGAGGCUCAGAACAAAAAUGUUGCCUAAUGGUGAUAAUCAUCAUAAUGCUGUAGCCGCCUCUGGAAUUGAUGCUGAUGUAGAGGGAGAGGAGGACGAUGAAGACAGUGAGCAGGUUGGCCCAAAUCUUCAACUCCUCGAUGAGUUGAUGAAUUUAACAUUUGAAGAGAUCGAAGUUCCUCAAGGGUCAUCUGUAGAUCUGAGUUCAUUCACAGAACUUAAGGAAUUACUGACAGAUUUGCCAACAUCUCUGAUGUUACAGAGAAGUGUUGAUGUGAACAACCAGACAGCUGUGGAAGAAUUGAGUCAAUUUCUCAAAACAGUUCAUUGAAGGUGUACAUAUAAUCAUGCCCACUUACACAAUGCAUUCCAGUAAUUCAGAAAUAUCAGUAUUUUUCUAGAGCAACUGUUGCAGCAAUGGUACGAGAUAUAAUAGUCAAAGUUAGAGGUGAUUCAGAAUGGUUACUGUAAACCAGCUUUUUUUUUUUUUUACAUGCGAUACACUUUCACAAAUUUUAUGAUUAUUUAAAAGUUUAGGCCAGAAUAGUAAUGAAAAAUUAUUGUUUGAGAAAGAUUUUCUCAUCACUGAAAGUCACAAUGAAGAAAUCACAAAAAGUUAAUAGUUAUGGAAAGUGGUUAUAGUAAUGAGUUAGCAUUUGGUUUGAUACAAUACUUUUUAAUGAAACAUCUUAGGAAAGUUGUUCUUUCUCAAUAGUCUUUUUAAAAACUAUGUGGAGGACAAAGUUGGUGUGUUUACAAUACAGAAUUUUUGCUGCUAAUGUUAUAUGGUGGUAAUGAUGACCUGCUGGUGGUGUUGACUCUUGCAGGAAAAUAUCUUGUGACAAGCCACUGAUUUUUUAUGACAACUAUAUGGAUUUCUAUGACCAACCUGCGCUAGUUUCUAAACCACCUGUUAUGUAAACUUUAUAUCACAUCAUACAAACAUUAGAAUUGCAUUAAAGAUUGUACAUGAAUAAUGAUAUUUAAAUGCAAGUAUGAACAAACUUCUACUAUAGCAAUUUGAAAAAAGUAUUCAAUCGAAAGUUUUAAAACAAAUUUUCAGAAUGUGAGGAAAAACCAUAAGUCAGAGAGAUAUGGGACAAAAUAUGAAUCAGUUUAUUUCAGAUUUAUGACUGUCAUAAAGAAGCUGUUUUAAUUCAAUAUCAAUCAGACAGCUGUCAUGACAGCCUGACAUAUAUGUAUGUAGAAUAGGAAUAGGCAGAGAGCACAGCCAGAAAGUUACUCAGAAGUGCUAAGGUGUUAUCUCCCUUUGACUACCUCAGUAGCAUUUAAUGGGGAGUAACUCUGUUAGGACUGGUAACAAAUUCUUGAGAACCAACAAUCAAGUGUUUAUACAGUGUUGAUAUGAUACAGAGUAUGUAAACCAUUGAUCUGAACUGUGGUGGUCCGGGUAUAAUGAUCUGGUGGAUUGUGUUUCAAAUAACAUCACAAUGUUUAAAUGUAGAUUGUCUUCAAAUUCAUAAAAUCUAUGGUCAAGGGACUAAUUAUCUUGAUCUAGAGGAAUGUGUGUCUUUUACUAGAGUCACCUGGCAGGCAUCAGGGUUUAAUGUAUGGAGUACAUAAAACAUUUUGAAUACCUUUUGUAAAUAUGAAUUGGACAGUAUUGUUUCUGAGGAAACUGCAAUUUUCAAGGUUAGAUUUAUAGUCAACUUUUUUGUUGAAAAUAAAUACACCGUGUAAUUAAAUUAGAUUUGUAUUAAGAUGCGGUUGCCUUUACUCUGUAUCAUGUCCUUUAUACAGUAAUAAUAAUAACUAUGUAACCUGUAUUACAAUGUCGAUAUUAUAUGGUUAUUUUGUGUUUUUUUUUAUUUUUAUGUAUCCACCGUUAUUAAAAAGAUAAGCGAGCACAAUUUAGAGUUAGAACUAAAUUUUUCCUCAUUGCUGUU